ACCUGAAUGCAUGUUAAAUAUAGCUCACGGUGUUACUAAUAGCGGGCUCGAGCGUCGUCGUGAUGUCAGUGGACUUUAGGUGCCCCCUCAGGAUGCCUGAGUAGAUGCGCUCGCCGCCAAUGAGAGUCUCCAGUGUGACUGUCCUUCAUUUCUCUGGCUGCCUAGAGAACUUGCCGUCACGGAUCCUAAUUUGGAUGUGAAAAGGGGAAGAGAAGCACCUCUCCGGUUCGCCGCUGCCCCUCCGUCGCGUGACAUUCUGGAGCGUCUACGAGAGCUUUAACUGCGCGCGCGACAUGGAGUGCCGAGUGCUGUCGAUUCAGAGUCAUGUCGUGAGAGGAUACGUGGGCAAUAAAUCUGCAUCCUUUCCGUUACAGGUCUUGGGGUUUGAGGUAGACUCGAUCAACUCUGUUCAGUUCUCCAACCACACAGGGUACUCUCACUGGAAGGGACAGGUCUUGACUGCAGAUGAGCUUCAUGUCCUGUAUGAAGGGAUCAAACUCAACAACGUCAACCACUAUGACUAUGUACUUACAGGUUACACUAGAGAUACAUCGUUUCUGGAGAUGGUGGUUGACAUUGUUCAAGAGCUGAAGAGGGCCAAUCCUAACCUUGUAUAUGUUUGUGACCCUGUCUUGGGUGACCACGGUUCAAUGUAUGUUCCUCAGAAUCUCCAUCCUGUGUACAAAAAUAAAGUGGUACCUGUGGCUGAUAUCAUCACACCCAACCAGUUUGAGGCUGAGUUGUUGACAGGGAAGAAUAUCAGCACAGAGAAAGAUGCUGUUGAGGUGAUGGACCUGCUGCAUAAGAUGGGUCCAGACACUGUGGUCAUCACCAGCUCUGAUCUGCCCCCUCGUCUCGGAGACAGAUUCCUGGUGUCUUUUGGAAGUCAGCGCAUUUUGAUGCCGGAUGGUACAAGGAAGACCCAGCGGAUCCGAAUAGAGGUGCCGAAGGUGGACGCAGUGUUUGUGGGGACCGGUGAUCUAUUUGCUGCUAUGCUGUUGGCCUGGACUCACCAUUACCCAACAGACCUCAAAACAGCAUGUGAGAAGACGUUCUCCGUCAUGCACCAUGUCAUUCAGAGGACUAUAUCUUAUGCCCAUGAGAUGGCAGGUCCUGGUAGAAGACCAAGCCCUUCCCAGCUGGAGUUACGGAUGGUCCAGAGUAAAGCUGACAUAGAGGAUCCAGCCAUAGUCAUGGAGGCCACUGUUCUAUAGAGCCGCCACACACCACACCACAUCUCAUCCACACAUCUCACCCUCCGCUCACAACUGCACAAUGUAUAGAUGUUGUACAUUUUGAUAUGUAAUGUGACAUUGCCUUAGAAUCUCAGCCAGAGCACAACAGUUCCAUUUCAAGAGAUUCAGCAGGGUACAGCCAAACAAGCGAAAGAAAGAGAGCCAUCGCGCUCCGAGAGAGUGUAAUACAGAGAAAAGAGAAGGGAAGAAGAGAAUGGGAGAGAUGAUCAGCCCUCUCUCAUUCACACUUUUUUGUGCAUCUUCACCAUCUCUGUCUCUCUCUCUCUCUUUCUCUCGAAGCUCCUCAAGAACUCCGGUUCGUCCUGCACAUAAAGCCCAGUCUCUGACAUUUCCAGACCAGGUCAGUUAUAUAACUAAACUGCCAUUAAUCUAGUGAGGACCAAAAUUAAUUAACAUUAAUAUAGGUGUGUCGCUUUGGACACUCUAUGAUUUUUAAGUCCGAGCAGUUCAGUAACAAACACAGAAAACAAAACCUGGAGUCUCUCAAAAACUGUCUGGGUCAUAUUUGAGCCCAGAAUCAAAAGAUCAAAAUAAGAUAUUUAUUGCAUAAAGGAAAACGAAGGAUAUUAUUAAGACAUUAAGAUUUUGUGUGUGUAUAUCUUUUUUUUAUUAUUAUUGUACUAUUUUCCCCAGUUUUCUGUUGCUCACUGAAAUGUGAAAAAUAUCCUUAUAUCUUUUUUUUAAUUUUAUAUAAUUAUAUAUAAUGUUAUUUAUAUAUCAUUUUAAUUCUAUAGUUAUGUUCUUUUCUAUUUAUAUUCUUUUCUAUAUAGAUUUUUUCAAAAAAUUUUAGCCAGACAGGAUUAAGAUUUUUUUUUUUUUUUCAGUGAUGAAAUGUGAUUAUUUGUCACAUUGCAAACAACGUUGGGGACUAAACAUAUUUUCUUUAUCAAAAUCGAAUUCUGUGUUUUUAUCUUUUGAUUUGGGUAUUAAGUAUGGCUUUGACUUUUCUUUGUGAGAUUUACCCAGAAAGCUUUGCUCACUGCAGUUCUUGAUAAGAUACUUGAAUCUGGAAAAGAUAUGCUGUAGCCAACCUCAAAAAUGAACAAGUACGUUGUUAAAUGUGUAUUACAGACCCAAAGCACUCAUCUGUGUGGAAAGUCCUACUUGUGUCUAAAAUGUGUAUUUUAUUGUUUAUUUUUUGUGACUAUUUUCUUCCGAAAAGGGAGAUUUUAUUGAAGAGAUGCGCUGCUGUAUUUUGUGACUUGAUGUUUUUGGUGAGAGAUACUGUAAUGAUUUUUGGCCUUGCUCACAUGUAUGAUUUUAUUCUCGUUCCAUUGAUUUCAUUUUACAUUGAGCAUUUAUAAAUGCAGAAGUCUGAGCAUUUCACUUCAUGUUUGUUUGUCAGUGUAACUAACAUUAUCAUGUCAUCUGCUUUGAACUGAUUGUAUUUGCAUUGAUAAUCUACUUGUUUUUACAAGCAGAAGAGACUUUAAAGUAGUUUUAAAUUUUUAUUUGAUAGUAUUUUCAUAUCUUAAAAGGAAAAGACUUGUAUGAAGUCUAAAGUUCUGGGGAAUUAAUGCCUUGAUUAACAGUAGCUGUGUGUGUGUGUGUGCUAGUCUGGUGACCUGCUGUGUCAGAGAACAUGGUGCCUCUCGGUUACAGUGCUGUGAAAGAUAAUAAAAGGCAGAUGAGUUAUAUAUUUAA